AUGAUUAGGCAGGCAACAGGGCCUAAUGACCAUCCUGCAACACCGACCUUUUUACAAGUUUACCAAAUUGUAUCCUCGUAUUCCAUUUUAAAACCCCCUAAAUCAGGAAAUUGUAUGAUAUUAGAAACUAAGACUCCAAAAAUAACUUUAUCUGAUGUCAAAAAUGUUUAUGAAAGUAAUCAAUCUGAAAGAAUUACAAAAAUUACGAACUUGGAGGAUAAAUUGAAUCAAAUUUCCAAUGAGGGAAUAUGGGAAGCCGAUGAUAUAUUUGACCAUGAUGACUGUCAAUCAUCAGUUAAAAAUUGUGUAACAUACUAUAUGUGGAUAUGUUAG